AUGGCAUCCACUUUCGUUGGUAACUCGACUUCGAUUCAAGAGAUGUUUAGGCGGGUGAGCGAGCAGUUCACGGCGAUGUUCAGGAGGAAAGCUUUCUUGCAUUGGUACACAGGAGAAGGGAUGGAUGAAAUGGAGUUUACCGAAGCAGAGAGCAACAUGAACGACCUUGUGGCUGAGUAUCAGCAAUACCAGGAUGCUACAGCCGAUGAGGAAGAGUAUGAAGAGGAGGAUGGAGAAGAAGAACUCGAUGCGUGA